ACCCAAGAUGGCGGACGAGAGUGAGACAGCAGUGAAGCCGCCGGUACCUCAGCUGCCGCAGAUGAUGGAAGGGAACGGAAACGGCCAUGAACACUGCAGCGAUUGCGAGAACGAGGAGGACAACAGCUACAACCGGGGGUUAAAUCAAAUGGCUCUGAGAUUCCUUCUGGCCCUGGAGGCUUAGCUCGCGCAUCCCCAUGAUAAAAGCUUUCAGUUUCGAGGAAUGCACAUUUGAGUGGAUUUUGUCAUCUCUUAAGAUUGAGAGGAGGCCCAUGUUAUGCACCCUUGGUGUUGUCUGGAAGUCCUCUGCUCCUUCUGUUCAUCUGUCCGCUUGCUCCUCCCUCCCACCCACCUACACACCCGGCACUUUAUUCUAUUUCUGGAAUGGUUUGAGUCCAGCCAAUGACACUGGAGCCAAAAAGAAGAAAAAGAAACAAAAGAAGAAGAAAGAAAAAGGCAGUGAGACAGAUUCAACCCAGGAUCAGCCUGUGAAGAUGAACUCUUUGCCAGCAGAGAGGAUCCAGGAAAUACAGAAGGCCAUUGAACUAUUCUCAGUGGGUCAAGGACCUGCCAAAACCAUGGAGGAGGCUAGCAAGCGAAGCUACCAGUUUUGGGAUACACAGCCUGUCCCUAAAUUAGGUGAAGUGGUGAACACCCAUGGUCCUGUGGAACCUGACAAAGACAACAUCCGCCAGGAGCCCUAUACCUUGCCCCAGGGCUUCACCUGGGAUGCCUUGGACCUGGGGGACCGUGGUGUGCUGAAAGAACUAUAUACUCUACUGAAUGAGAACUAUGUGGAAGAUGAUGACAACAUGUUCCGAUUUGAUUAUUCCCCAGAGUUUCUUUUGUGGGCUCUACGGCCACCUGGCUGGCUCCCCCAGUGGCACUGUGGGGUUCGAGUGGUCUCAAGUCGGAAACUGGUUGGGUUCAUUAGCGCCAUCCCAGCAAACAUCCACAUCUAUGACACAGAGAAGAAGAUGGUGGAGAUCAACUUCCUGUGUGUCCAUAAGAAGCUGCGCUCCAAGAGGGUGGCUCCAGUCCUGAUCCGAGAGAUAACCCGGCGGGUUCACCUUGAAGGCAUUUUCCAAGCUGUUUAUACUGCCGGGGUAGUGUUGCCAAAGCCUGUUGGCACCUGCAGGUACUGGCAUCGGUCCCUAAACCCACGGAAGCUGAUUGAAGUGAAGUUUUCCCACCUGAGCAGAAAUAUGACCAUGCAGCGCACCAUGAAGCUCUACCGACUGCCAGAGACUCCCAAGACAGCUGGGCUGCGACCAAUGGAAAAAAAGGACAUUCCAGUAGUGCACCAGCUCCUCACAAGGUACUUGAAGCAGUUUCACCUCACGCCAGUCAUGAGUCAGGAGGAGGUGGAGCACUGGUUCUACCCCCAGGAGAAUAUCAUUGACACUUUCGUGGUGGAGAAUGCAAAUGGUGAGGUGACAGAUUUCCUGAGUUUUUAUACACUUCCCUCCACCAUCAUGAACCAUCCAACCCACAAGAGUCUAAAAGCUGCGUAUUCCUUCUACAACGUCCACACCCAGACCCCUCUUCUAGACCUCAUGAGUGAUGCCCUUGUUCUAGCCAAAAUGAAAGGGUUCGAUGUGUUCAAUGCACUGGAUCUCAUGGAGAAUAAAACGUUCCUGGAGAAACUCAAGUUUGGCAUAGGGGAUGGCAACCUGCAGUAUUAUCUCUACAAUUGGAAGUGCCCCAGCAUGGGGGCCGAGAAGGUCGGGCUGGUGUUACAGUAACCAGUCGCCAGUGAGAUUCUGGACAAAGCCACUGAGAAUUCAAACCAGGAAAUGGAACCCUACCACUUGUUGGUCUAAUUUUCACAAACGUGAGAAUCCCUGGCAAAGGGAACAGAACUGAACCGGCUUUACCAAACCGCCAGUGAACUUGACAAUUGUAUUGCAAUGGCAUAGGCUGCGUGAAGUCACUUCUGGCCGUGUCUCUGGUCUCCCUGUUUUCCACUUAAUCACAUCCUCAUGCAGCCGUGAUCAAGGGAAUGUAACUGCUGAAAACUAGCUUGCGAUUGGCAUAUUAUGGAGUUAACGGGUGAAUAAUAAAAGUAUAUAUAUAUUAUAUAUAUAUAAAUAUUUUAAAUAUCUUUCAUGUUCCAAAUGUGCGAGGAUGUUUGGUCUCUAAUGAAAAACUGAAUCCAGUCAUUCCUUAAAAUUAGAACCCAGGGACAGUGGCAGACAGACAUGUUGGCACAGUUUCUUCCUUCAGAGGCUUUUUUUGGGGGAGCAGGAAAAAGAGGAUCUGGGGAACUUUAUUCCAUUUCCCUUUGGAAUCAGCUACAGUGACUGAUUGGCUUGAGCAGGGAGGGAAGGUGAAGGGACUCUGCCAGCUCUAGAGGACUCGUAUGUCACAGGCUGGCAGGUGCAGCUGGGUGAAGCUGUGUUCUAAUACUGAGCAGUGGGGACAAUCAUGAAAGCAGGUUUCAUUCAUUGAGUCCCUUCUUCCCUCCCCUUGACCUGCUCCCUGUAGGAGAUCAUCCUGUCAAGUAUUUAAAAGAGCUCUUGUUGCCAGCCUUGCAGGGAUGCAUCCCCUGUGAGACUUUGCCUUUCUAUGACUGGGGUGACUGGCAGUUUGAAGGGGACCUUAAACCUCCUUGUAGUGUCUGGGACUUGGUAGAGACCAUAUCAGUGCAAACCGUGCUUAGCUCAUCUCAGAGAGCCAACAGUAAGCACCCUCCUGUCCCCAGGGUGGCUGGGCAGGGAUGGCAUGGGGCCAAUACCCAGACUCCUUCAGCCACCAGCCCCUGGCCUGUGCCUUCUUCAGCCCACUAGCCAUUUCUUGCUGUGUCUUUUUUAGGACACACAACCUACAGUGGCAGCAAGAGGUGGUGAUUAGAGACAGAUAUUGGCCACAGAAAUGGUUUCCAUGUAGCCAUUGUUUGAGUCUAAUUUUCACUGAUGCUAUUUUGUGGAUUUUUGUGGUGGUUGUGAUAGAUGCUGCCAGUUUCUCCAAAAGUGAUCAAGCCCCUGGUCACAUGGCUGUCCACGUAGACAUUCUUCAGUGGUGUUGAGCCAAGUGGCCUGUGGAAGAUUGGGCUCUGGAACCGUCAGCAGCCCACAUCUAGUUUCCACAUAAAUUGCUCUAGGAAAAAGUCCUGAGUAGAUGGCAUAAUGUGUGGCGGGGGGAUUUCUUGCUGCUUUCACCUCUUGGCCUCUUGUAGAGAGCCUUAGCCAGGAGCCAGACUUAGUGUCAGUGCACAAACUGAAGCCAUUCUGUAGGAUAACAGGUUUGCUUCAAGCCAUGGGUUUUUGUGUGGAACCUAAUUCUGCAGAGUCUCCAAAACUGGAGGGAAUUGUUUGCUGGGGAUGGGAGCUGUACCACCGUGGGAGUGCCGUCUGCUCUCUGCAGACUACUGCUGCAGUUCCACUGUGGUGGAUUUUUAUCAGGUUUCUAGGGGCUCCCUUCUUCCCACUAUCCUGUGCUGCAAACUGCAGGCACCAGCGAAAGUGGCUGACCUUUGACUCCUUGACUCCAAGAUACCCAGACCAAAGAAGCUGCCAUUCUUGGCGUGAAGCAUACUGAAUCUCACAGACAGGAGGAGUCAGAGAGGUGGAGGCUUGCCUUCCAGACUUGCAGACAGUAGACACAGUGCCCCAAGUACCAGAGCAGUUAACCCUGAUCAGACCCCUCAGAAGUCAAAGAACAAAGUAUUCAGGUCUUUCCUACCUAGAGGAGACUUAGAAUGUUGGAAAGAUGCCCUGUCUUAAUCUUGAUCAGUUCUGAGCCAAGUCACAGCUCAAGUUGCCCCUAAGAUUUGGAGUACACAAAUCUUGAGUGAGCUUUGCUUUUGUUGACCUGGUCAUGGAAAGGGAAUAUUGAGUCCCCAGUGGCUGCUCUGGAAGAAACAGAUCUCUUGGCAAAGACUCUAGCUUCUCCUUCCCCAAAACCAGGUCACUUGCUCCUGGGACUCGGCUGUUUUCCCCUGGUGGGGACCUGUCCAGGUCUGCAGGAGACAGCUCAGGGCUACUGUUGAGUUUCAUUUCUGAUUAAACUUAGACCCUGGGUUCUUCACUCAACCCCUUCUGGAAUUUGAGGCCAGGGAGCAUCAUCAUCAGAAGAGAGGGUUCAGGACCUCCUAUAGGAGCCUUGGUGGCACCAUGACUGACUUGAACCAAACAAGGGAAGAACAGCGCCUCCAAGCUGACCUGCUCAGGCAGCCAUGUUGGAAAACCUCUCUGGGCCUGGCCACCACCUUCUGCCACCUAGUCCUCCUGGCUGCCAUAUUCUGAAGAUGACCUUUAUCUCCUGUCUCUGGAUUGACUCUAUUUGACCUUGGACUCCGACUCUGUAGGGAGAGAGCCGGAUAGAAAGGAGGCCUUAACUCUGGAUUGGGGCCUACAUAAGGCUCAUUUUCCCCACAUGUGCCUGUUUCUGAAGAUGCUGAUGUCUGAAGGCUGGCCCACACCAAGCUACUCCAACACCCUUUUUUAAUGGAAAAUUUCAGGCCUUGCCUACAACUGACUGCCUACAACUUACUGGGUCUCUGAAGUCCAAAGGCAGAUAUCUCAUGGUCUAGAAUUCUUUCCCCAAAGAUGACGAGCAUUUAACUAACCUGAGGCCUUGGACAGUUUCAUAGAACUGUGAUCUAGGACUGUCAGGUCAGGGAAGGAGGCAGGAGUGUCUCUUGGAGGCAGCCUUCUUGAGGCCUGGCCUCCCUGCCCCAGAAUCAGGGAGACUCAAGGCCUCACUUUUGCCUAGCAGUAAAGCAAAGGCAGGCCUACAAAUAGACUAUACCAGGGUGAGGCUAUUUAGGACAGUUUCAUUUAAUUAAACUCAAAAACAUUGACUGGCUGGCAGGCAGGGCUGCAUCUGGGAACAGAGAGGGCAAGCUUCACCUUUUUGUCUUGGUUUUUCUUGGGCUGUAGGGGGCAUCCAUUUCUGGGGUGGAGAGGAAAUACCAAAUGCAUUGUUGUUCUGCUCAGUACAUCUCACUUGUUUCUAAUAAAGGAAGCAGCUGAAUAAAUCGA